UCAGUGAGUGAAUCCAAUAGCUGGAAACUUGUUGGGUCCUGUGCUUUGCAGAUCCGGUCCUGAAUGUCACUAUCUUCACCUGGGAUGGCCCUUAACGAGGAAAUAAAAAUAAGUCCUCAAACAUGGCGGAGACUGAUUGAAAUCUAAGCUCUGAGACACGCCAGAGGGGAGGGGAAAGACACAGACUGUAAAAAAAAGCAGCCCUCGAUUGGAACAAAUAUCAUUGUCCUUGGAGACUUCUGAUCCUAAGGCAUGCUGGGCGUUGAGGUCACUAAUUGGAUUUAAAACUUGACAAUUACUUGGAAUUGAUGAAUGACGGGGAAAGGGACAUUGCAGCUUUCAGAGCUGUGAUGGGGACUGAAGCCUAAAUGUGUGUGGAACAGUUUUAAGUCACCAGCAAUUUGUCCUUCACAAAAGCACAAACCUUUUGAAGGAUUCAGAUCCGAGCUGAUUUGAGUCCAUCGACAGCGUCUUCUGUACAAUGAGAAAACCAGGACCUCAAAAAGUGUUUGAUGUCCCAUCACAGUCUGAAAUUUGAGCACAUCUGUCAACAGGAGUAUUAACACAAUCCCAUCUACUGUUUGAGACAUUCUCUUGAAUUUAAGUUAUAGAUUGGAAAGAUGGAAAACGACAAAAGUAUGCUCGGAGUGGUCGCCCAUCGAAUACUCCAUCUCCAUAUCAAGGUCAUUUCAGUUGGGACAAAUACCUUAAGGAGACAGGCGCUGUUGCUGCCCCUCCCCAUUGCUUUCAGCAGUCGUUUAUUCCACCUGUAAAUGAGUUCAAGAUUGGAAUGAAGCUGGAAGCUCAGGAUCCCCGGAACGUCACCUCGACCUGCAUCGCUACCGUUGUGGGAAUCACGGGCGCUCGCUUGCGACUGCGUCUCGAUGGCAGCGACAACAAAAAUGAUUUCUGGCGGCUGGUGGACUCUGCUGAAAUUCAACCAAUUGGAAAUUGCGAAAAGAAUGCAGGAAUGCUUCAGCCACCUCUAGGCUUUCGACUGAAUGCCUCUUCAUGGCCCAUGUUCUUGCUGAAAACUCUAAGUGGAGCAGAAAUGGCACCGGUCAGAAUAUUUCACAAGGAACCACCAUCACCUUCGCAGAACUUUUACAAAGUGGGGAUGAAACUAGAGGCAGUCGACCGGAAGAAUCCACAUUUUAUUUGCCCAGCAACGAUUGGAGAAGUGAGAGGCUCUGAAGUGUUGGUGACGUUCGAUGGCUGGCGAGGUGCUUUUGAUUACUGGUGUCGAUAUGACUCUCGGGACAUGUUCCCUGUGGGAUGGUGCUCUCUGACCGGAGAUAACCUGCAACCGCCAGGAACAAAGGUGGCCAUCUCAAAGAAUCUAUCCACGCCGUCAGAGGUGAAUUCAGAGAAGCAGAGCAUGCAGACUUCGGUGGACGUCAUUUCGGAGCGACUUACCGUUCAGCGGGGCCGCAAGCCGCGGAGGAAGAAAAGCCGUACGGUCCAGCCACCCUGUGUGCACAAAGCCGAAAUGCAGCACCCUGUCCCCUCGCUCACCAAACCAGUGGAACCAUUAAAAAUCCCAAAGAAAAGAGGCCCAAAGCCUGGGAGCAAGCGGAAACCCCGUGCCCUAACGAAUCCUGUGCCAACCUCCCCUACCUCGAGUACUCCAGAACCAGACACAAGUACAGUUCCUCAAGAUGCAGCCACUAUCCCCAGCACAACCAUAAUGCAGUCUCCAACAGUCUGUGUUUACUUGAACAAAAAUGGCAAUGCAGGACCACACCUAGACAGAAAAAAGGUACAGCAACUUCCAGAUCACUUUGGACCUGCUCGAGCUUCAGUUGUUCUGCAACAGGCUGUUCAAGCCUGCAUCGAUUGUGCGUAUAACCAGAAAAUGGUGUUCUCCUUCCUGAAACAAGGCCAUGGUGGGGAAGUGAUCUCUGCCACAUUUGACUGUGAACAGCACACGUUAAACCUGCCAGCAGUAAACAGUGUUGUCUACGCCCUGCGCUUCCUGGAGAAGCUGUGCCACAGUCUGCGAUGUGAUAACCUCUUUGGGAAUCAGCCUUUCAGUCAGAUCAGUGCAGCCAAUCACAACAUGGUGGAGUACGGAAGCGACCGGUUCCUGCCAGGCAAAAAUGAAUCAUCAGAGGCAGCUGUUCAGGGCCCAGGAAGAGGGACAAAAAGAUACACGCAAGAUUCCCCACCGUUCAGUGCACCUCUAUCACCCAAACUACCAAAAACCGAUAGACAUCCUUCAGAAGCUGAAACUUUUAUAUUGGAGGAUGUGCACCCAGGUCCCACGGAACACCGGCUAGAUCCCAUGGAUUCGGCCCUUAAUUCAGUGAAUUCGUCCAGCCUUCCGUGUAGGAAUUCCAGGGAUUUCCGAGCCUAUCGAUCUCUGCAUCACUCAAUGAGCCUAACGCAAAGUAAUACGGGAACCUUGCGACAGCUUAGUUCUGGGGGUUCUGACAGGUUUAUGGGAGCACGGGAUCCACCUCGUUUGAUCAGCAGAGAUCCAACUAGCUGGACUGUAGAGGAUGUGAUGCAGUUUGUUCGUGAUGCAGAUCCACAGUCUCUGGGACCUCACGCAGACCUGUUCCGAAAGCAUGAAAUUGAUGGGAAGGCAUUGCUUUUGUUGCGGAGUGACAUGGUGAUGAAAUAUAUGGGACUGAAGCUGGGGCCAGCCUUGAAGAUAUGCUACCACAUUGACAGACUGAAGCAGGGAAAAUUCUGAUUUUGAACUCAUCGUAUCGGAACGUACUCGGAAACUACUAAACUUCCAGAACGAGCCACUUGCCUGGCCCCUAAUGAAAGGAGCACAUUAAUGGGGAUUUACUCACUCUGGCUCAGCAUUCAAAUGCUGUGUGUCUUUCAGCAAAACAGUGAUACCAAUGAAACAGGAUUUUUUUUCGGUGCUUUGAAUCACCAGUGAGAGGAAAAUCUUUGGACUUACACAUUUGUUAUGUAAAGGCUGCAGCCCACAAUGAAACGUAGCCGCUCUGAAUUUUCAGUAUUGGAUAUGAGAGUCGCUAUCCACCUGGCGUGAAACAUUUUAGGAAAAUGCUCUGGAUAUUGCUGUUGCGUAGCAGUUUUAUUUCAUUUUACAAGAUUCUUUCAGUUAUACAUUGCUUAUUCCUCUUUACAGUGGGACCGGCUGUAUGUUAUACAAGCAUUUCACUGUGAUUGGCAUCUGCUAGUGACCAAGAAUCACUUUAUGCUAUUUGGCUGUGUCUCUCAUGUAUUUUAAGUGCUGGAAGGAGUUAGUCAGACUCAAAAGCAGUGAUGAAGCAAUGCCAUUUAUUUUUCUUCAGUUUGCUCCAAACAGAGAAGAAAAUUUUAAAAGUAAGUUAAAGGAAUUUUUUUUAUAUUCUAUAAAUCAAGCCUCUGAACCAAGACUCUGAGGAGAAAAAUAGGGAAGGUGGUGUAAUUCCUUUAAUGAUGGAAAAAGUCAGUAUUCUUUUUGUAGCAAGAAUCUAAUUUCUAUACGACACACUAUGUACAGUCCUUUUUUCUUUUGCUAAUACACUUGCUUUAUUUUAUUGUUUCCUCAUUUUUUGUUACCAAGUCUGAAAUUUUGUACAAGAUGUUAUUUAGCAGAAUUGAACAUGUGGCAUUUGUGGUUUCUAAACUUUUACAUAUGGCAAACAUCCGAUCAGAGUCAUUAAUAAUGCAAACUAAGUCAAUCUGAGGAAAUUCAUAAUUUAAAUGGCCUUUUUUUGAAAGAAAGAUCUAUGUUUUGAAAAUUCCUCAUUGUCAUCCACCUCUCGUCCACUCCCCACCAUCUGAAGAUAAUUGCUGGGAUACAGUUUCUAUCGGUGCCGGUCACUCUCUGCUCCUCCACCUCCCCACCAUUUAUGACAUUAGCAGGCAGUUUGACUUUUGGAGAUGUUACAUUGAAGCUCAGCUCUGUAUUCACCCAUGUACCCUUUCCAGGCGAUGCCAGUUUAUAAUCGAGAAUUGGAACGCUGAUUUCCCUUCACCCUCCAAGCCCAGAGUACCAAAAGUCCUUUGCAAAAUACAGAUCACCCACCCAAGUUGAGAUGGCUUUAUCGUAUGCACGUUGGAAUUCAUUGCUGGGAUCUCCUUCUUUGUGUAUGUUACAGACCAACUGGAUUACUGGGGAAAUCAGACUUAACUGUUAUAAAUUUGUAAUUAUGUGACUAUUCCAGUAUUGUGCAGAUUGUACCCCUGAGGGAAAAAUCAGUAAUGCUCGGAAAUGAACAUGCUGUUUGUACUGAAAUAAAAGGAAAAUGUUACUGUUGCUGGAACUCUUAAAUAAAAGCAGAAAUUGCCAGAGAAGCUCUGUAGGUUUGCCAGCAUCGGUGGAUAGAGAAACAGAGUUAACAUCUUGAGUCCCAAUUUUGAAUUUAAAAUUGAGCAAGAGCCUAAAGACUCAUAUUGUAUUUGAAAUGUCAGCUCUGUUUCUCGCUCUACAUGCUGCCAGACCGGCUGAGUUUCUCCACUAAUUUCUGCUUUUAUUACUGGUCAUAUGGGCCCCAGACUAAAGUACACAACAAGGCCAGGUUGUCUCAUUUACCAGUUUUUACAUGUUUUCUUUCUGGAACAGGAACAGGUCAUUCAGCCCAUCUGGUCAGUGUCUAACAGUUCACACAAUUCUCUGCCCAUCCCUUCUCAUUGUAACUCAUCAGUCUGUCUUCUAUUGCUUUCUCCCUCAUGUGUUUAUCCAGCUUCCCCUUAAAUACAUCCAUGCUGUUUGCCUCAAUUUCUCUGUGGCUUGGAUUAAAUGCUCCCUUCUGGCCUGUGAGGUUUGAAGGUUGAGUGGGUACAAAUUCGGAGGUUGGAGGUCCUAGAUACUGCAAAGACAAGAUUCUGGCAAUAAUAUUGAAGACUUGUGCUCCGCAUCUUGCCACACCUCCACUCACCUGUUUGUGUGCAGCUACACCAUCUACAGACAAGGUGGAAAAUUGCCCAGCGAUGUCUUGUACGCAAAAAGCAGGCAGGACAAUCCACCCUGGCCACUGCCAAUCAUCUUCCCUCGAUCAUUAGUAAAGCGAUGUCAUCAACAGUGCUAUCAAAUAGCACGCACUUAGCAAUAACCUCCUUACUAAUGCUAGGGCCACUCAGCUCCUGACUUCAUUACAGUCUUUGUUCAAACAAGAACAAAAGAGUUGAAUUCCAGAGGUGGGGUGAGAAUGAAGCCCUGAUCUCAAACCCUGAUAUAUCUGAUGGAGUGUAGCAUCCAGGAACCCUAGAAAAACUGGAAUCAAUGGGUAUCAAGGGGAAACUCUGUGCUGGUUAGAGUCAUGCCUGGCAUAUAGGAAGAUGAUUGAGAUUGUUGGAAGUCAGUUGUCUCAGCUUCAGGACGUGACUGCAGGAGCUCCUCAGGGUAGUAUCCUUGGCCCAACCAUCUUCAGCUGCUUCAUCAAUUACCUUCUCUCCAUCAUAACAUCAGAAGUUGAGAUGUUCACUGAUGAUUGCACAAUAUUCAGCACCACUAGUGACUCCUAACAGUAUCCUGGCUUGGGCUGACAAAUGGCAGGUAAUGUUCAUGCCACAUAAAUGCCAAGCGACGACCAUCUUCAAGAAGAGAGAAUCUAAUCAUUAUCCCUUGACAGUCAAUUGCAUCUCCAUCACUGAAUCCUCCAAUAUCAACAUCACAGGGGAGGGGAGGUUACUAUUGACUAAAACCUGCAUAGAACUCACCAUAUCACUGCAGUGGCUUCGAGAGCAGGUCAGAAGGUGGGAUUCCUGUAGCAAGUAACUCACCUUAUUACUCCCCAAAGCCAGCCUAAGAUGUACAAGGCUCAAGGAGGCUUGUUAUUGAAUACUUCCCAUUUGCCUGAUUGAAGGCAGCUUCAACAACACACAAGAAGUUUGAUACCAUCCUGGACAAAGGAACUCAUUUGAUUAGCACGAUAUCCAGAAAUGUCCACCCCCUCCACCACCAAUGCUCAGUACCAAUAGUGUAUAUCAUCUACAAGCUACACUUCAGAAAUUUACCAAGGCUUCUUACACAGCACCUUCCAAACCAAUGAUCACUUCCAUCUAGAAGGACAAGGUUAGCAGACACACGGGACACCACCCCCUGCAAGAUCUCCUCCAAACCACUCACCAUCCUGACGUUGAAACAUAUUGCCGUACCUUCACUGUUGCUUGGUCAGAAUCCUGUAACUCCCUCCCAAAGGAUAUUUUCAUUGUCUUUAUACUGCACAGAUGGGGCAGUUCAAGUAGAUAGCUCACCACCAUCCUCUGAAGAGCAAGAAGGGAUGGGCAAUAACCAGCGAUGCCCAUAUCCAAAGACAGACUGUGGGGUCUUGGCCCGAAACGUCAGCUUUUCUGCUCCUGAGAUGCUGCUUGGUCUGCUGUGUUCAUCCAGCUACACACUUUAUUAUCUUGGAUUCGCCAGCAUCUGCAGUUCCCAUUAUCUCUGUAAAAAUAAAGACUGUUUUACCAGCUGUAGGGAAUCAGGCAUGCCACCCAUUGAUGGCGCAAUUAAGGUCCUUAUUUGUCCAGCUAAUGCCCACUUAUGGGCCACAUCCUGCCACUGACCAUUAGUGGACGGGGCUUCUGCCAAGCAUUCAGUACAGCAGCUUUCCCUACACUAUUGACGCUGAAUUACUGACUGAAGUUCUUUAAUGGCAGCAAGACUCUGGAAGUUCUGCAAUUCUGCUUUCUGUGCAGUUUGGCAAAUGCUGUCUAGCAGAUUGGAUCUUUAAAAGGCCUCAAACUUGAUCCCAUUGGAGGAUGUCCCCUACCCAGAUGUACCUGGAUAGGUUUCUCUUCGUCACACCCCGACCCUCAAUGGUUUCUCCAACAUCGGCCCCUCCAUUCCUAUUUUCCCAUCUUUCUUGGAGGUCAACCAGCUAGGCCCCAACAAGACCUCUUCACUGGCUGCAGUGUUGGGAGCAGGUCCUCCUAUAGCUGAAGUGACCCUUCAACUUAAAGAACAGCCUAACUUGCCACUGUUCUGUAGACCAGCCCUUAGGGAGGUUUUAGUGGUGGUGGGGUAGGUGGGGAGUGUCGGCAGGCUCCUGUGAAAUCCAACUCCCUUUUGCUGCAUGUUGCAGCACCUAAUUACCAGAGGAAAACAAGGAGCUUGUUUUUAAAUCAUCAACUUAACAACGUGGACACCAUUCAGAAUGGGAGAAGGUUGUUGAUGUUCCAGUUUGUUACUGAAGUGUGUUCAUUGAGCAAUAUAACAUAGGCUGAUUACCUGAGGGAGGUAUUUGACACUCCACUGCUGGUCUGUUUAGCUGCUAUUUCCUUCCCUGCCUUGACAAGAAAAUAAAGUUUCCUCCAGAACGCCGCAGAGCUGCGGUGACCACAAUAAGUCCUGAUGCAGUGGUAGGAAAGACAUAUCAAAUCCUGAUGUGGAGGUGCCAGUGUUGCACUGGGAUGGAGAAAGUCAGAAGUCACACGACACCAGGUUAUGGUGAAAUUAAAAGCUUUCGGAGCACUGCUCCUUUGUCAGGUGAACGUUCUGAAAGCAUUUUGAUUUCACACGACACUGUUGGGCUGUAAUCUGGUGUCGUGUGACUUCUGGCUAUAUCAAAUUCUGAUCAAUGAAUAGCCACCAACUUUGAAGAGAAACAGAAUUUAAGAAGAAACAGAAAUAAUUUAUAUUGUAUGUGAUCUUCAAUAAGGUUUUUGCCUCCAAUCACUCACCGUGUAUAAAAUGUGAGUUUGGCUGUUUACAUUAUUACCUGUAGUUUAUUUUGUCCAUCUCCUUUGUCCCUCCUCCCCCAUUUUAUUCCUGUUUUAUGAAGUAACUGAUCAAAGCCCUGAAACUAAUUAAAUGUUGUGUUUUAUUUGACCAGAGACAGUUCAGAGUCAGCAUUUUCUAUAAUCUGAUAGCUCAAAUGUCUGCAGAGAAAUCGUUCAGGAAGCCUUGCAUGGGGAAUAUGUUCUAUACUUGGCAUUAGAGGGAUACAUGGUUAAUUUCUUGUCUUAUUUUUAAGGCCAUUUGUUGUAGAAAUUAUUCCUUUUCAAGCUAUACCCAAUGAAAGGUGUUAAUAAAGAUGAUGCUGUUCAUUGACCAAUUGUCAUAUAAGUAGAUGGUGACUUUCACACUUUAUUACAGAACCUUUAUUUUCUCCCGCCCUGUUGUCUACAUGUGGAUAAAUUUCCCAGUGAGCUGUUAACACCUUGAAAACCUGCAACAUUCUGACUCUAUCAAAUGCCAAUUGAGAACAAAUGUCACCUCAGGAAAGAAUUAGCUCAAGUAUAACCCAUCACACAUGGCCAAAAAUAUUGUCAGUGACUUUUUUCUUAAAUGUAUUCAUGGGAUGUGGACAUCACUGGGUGGGCCCUAAUGACCACUGGAAGAAGGAACAGUCCCUAAAACAAUCCUCUUAAAUUUAGACACAAGUGCAUAACAUAAUGAAAGUAUUAACAUCAGUGUUAAAUUCCAUUUUGAAAAAACCAAAUAACAGAACAUUUGGUUUCAGUCACCAGUGUAAACCUGGGGGUGUAGUUAAUCUCAAUGAAUAUCCUAAAUUUCGGGAUAUAUUGAUAGCACUUCAUUGCCUGACUCACCAUAGCAGGUUUGAUUUGUACCAAACUUUUUUUUGUUACAAUGUGAUAUAAGAACAACCAGGAGGAUCUAAUAAGUGUUUUGCCUUGAUUGCCAAUCAGAGAUUUCUUGCUGACUUUAAGAACUGUAACAGCCAACAAAAAGCUAUUAAAAGACUGAAUAUCAUUGCUGCCAUUUAGCGAUAGUGUCAUUAUCCAUCAAAUGUGAUAAACUGUUCAGAAAGCCUCCAGGCAUUAAAUCAGUCUGUGCACUGAAGCUUAUUUCCUGGAAACCUUUUAAAACCAGAAACGCAUGGUGAAACAAUAAGCUAUUGACUGUGUAGAACUGAGGUUCUUUAAGGGCAGGAUGAUUGUGAAAGUUGUUGGUUGUGAAGUUUGACAAACACUAUCUGUGGUAGAACACUAUCCCCGGAGCCAAGUAUCACAUUCUCUUGGUCUUUCAGCAGCCCCCAGUAUGGAGUGCACCAGUCAGGCACAGCUACCAAUGCGAUACACUUGGUUUAACGAAAAUGUCAGUUUGUACAUUGAAUAUCAGUACAUUAAAUA